CACAAAAAAAUAGCCAAACUAAACAGCUAAUACUAACACAUAAAAAAGAAGAAUACAAGUAGUGACAAGUCAAACCAUUUUCUACGCAUAGCGAGAGAAAAUGGGAGAACAUGUUGGGAGAGAAACACUGCCCAAACCAGACAUACUGCUCAAAGCAGAAGAAUUGGUUAAAUCCGCCAUGGAAGGAAACGAUGCAUCCCACGACGCCGCACAUGCGUUUAGAGUCAGAGACCUCGCUCUUUCUCUUGCCCGUGAAGAGCCUCUCUCCGCUUCUCCCCAUUCCAUGCUUAUCGUGGAGUUAGCUGCACUUCUACAUGAUAUAGGGGACUAUAAGUAUAUAAGAGAUCCAUCAGAAGGGAAAACUGUUGAGAACUUUCUUGUGGAGGAAGGAGUAGAUGAAAAUACAAAGACAAGUAUAUUAAGCAUAAUAAAGGGAAUGGGCUUCAAGGAGGAGAUUGGUGGGCUGACAGAGAGUAAUCGUUGUCCAGAAUUCGGAGUGGUACAAGAUGCUGAUCGCCUUGAUGCAAUUGGUGCAAUAGGAAUUGCUCGUUGCUUUACGUUUGGGGGAAGCAGGAAUAGGGUGCUACAUGAUCCUCAAAUAAAGCCUCGGUCUGAUCUGUCCAAGGAUAAGUACAUGAACAAAGAUGAGCAGACAACAGUGAACCAUUUUCACGAGAAGCUUCUCAAAUUGAAGAAGUUGAUGAAAACUAAGGCUGGUCAGAGAAGGGCGGAAAGAAGGCACAAGUUCAUGGAGGAGUUCUUGGAAGAAUUUUAUGAAGAAUGGGAUGGGAGAGCUUGACGACGAUGGUGUACCUCCUUUCUUUCCAAAACUUCCAUAUUUGGGUCAUAAUUUGUUCUGCAAUUUGAUUAUGUUCCUGAAAAUGCAGCAAACUGAUUUUCACAGUACAUGUUAUGCAACAAAAGUUAUUAUAUUGGUUUA